GUCGAGAUUGCACUUUGCAGCAGAAUUAGAUUUCCGCCACCAUGCUGCGCGCGUGGCUGCGGGAGUACUGGAGCAUCACCGUUCGCACCAAGCCGAACGCCGAGGUGAGCGCGGAGAAGUGGCUCCUCCUAUGGCCGAUGCCCGGCGGCCAGUACGCCUUCUCGCCGUGCCUGCGCUUCCACCGCGUCUACAUCGUCCUCGCGGCCUUCCUCGCGCAGGCCGCCCUCGGCGUCCUGUACGCGAUGGCCGUCAUGACUGAGCCGUUCAACGACUACUUCUUCCCCGACGACGAUGCGACCGACCACGGCAAUCGGCUCCUCCUCGUCGGCGGCGCCUUCUUCACGUGCACCGUCGCGACGCUUGGGCCUGCCCUCGAGCGCCACGGGCCGCGCUGGAGCAUGAGCCUCGGCAGCGCCGGCGUCCUCCUCGGCUUCAUCAUGAUGCAAAUCGCGCUCUCAACGGCCGUGUGGGCCCUCAUGUACAUCGGAACGGUGUUUUGCUCGGUGGGCUUUGGCUACGUGUGCUUGACGUCCAUGGCAACAUGUCAAAAGUGGAUUCCCGACUUCCGCGGGACGGGCAGUGGCAUCUGCAUCCUCGGGUUCGGGCUCGGCCAAGCGUUCUGGACCUUCUUCAUCAACGCGAUCCUCGACGCCUUUGCCGCACCGCUCGACGUCAUCUUUUGGCUCGUCCUCGCGCUACUGACGCCACAGCUUGGGCUCUGUACGCUGCUGCUGCGGACGCCGCCGCCGUCGUUUGUCAUCCACGGCCACGACAUGCACGGGAUUCCGAUCGAGCGCGCACCGAACGCCAACGUUGUCCAGGACGAGUACCUCAAGAUCGGCAUGACGCUCGUCAACUUCAACCUCGUGGACCGGUCCGCGACGUCGGCGCAGCAUACGACAUCGGCGGCCGUCGAAGGCACCGAGCGGCACUACUACGAGCAGGUGAAGGCGCUCUCACUGGUGCAGUGCAUCUUCUCCACCGACUUUCUCUGCCUCUGCGUCGCGUUCGCCGCCAACUCGACGAUCGGCCUCACGUUCGUCUCGAUCGCGUCGCCCACGAAUAGCACCGACCCGACCAUCGCGCUCUACCAGAUCUCGCGCGACGACGCUGCGCACCUCGUCACUAUCGGGUCGGUCGUCGGCUUUGCGGGCCGGCUCCUCGUGCCGAUUCUCUCGGACGUCAUCAUCCGCGUCUUCUACGCCAACCCGGCCUUUGCGCGCAAGAUUGUGUUCGUCUUGCUGCUCGCGGUCCAGAGCGUCACGCUGCCGAUCUUUGCCGACCGGUUCGACUCGUACAGUGCGUUCCAGUGGCUCAUCUGCACGGUCAAGUUUGUCAGCGGCGGCGGCAGUGCGCUCAUCGCGUGCUUCCUCACCGACAUGUACGGCGUCUACAACAUGGGCACGAUGUACGGACUCAUCUUGACGAGCUGGUCCUUUGGCCUUCUGCUUGUGAAAGCGCUCGUGACCGACGUUCUCGGGCCGAGCCAGCUCCGGGGGUACUGGGUCCUCUCGCUCGUCGGGCUCGUGCUCAUGGUGUUUGUACGCACCGUCUCGAUCGACCGGUUCUACCACGGCUAUCAGUUUUCCAUGUUUGGGCGGAUCUUAGUUCAGAUUCCGUUCCGGACGCCCAACACGCAGUGGCGCAAGACGACGACGGACCAAGACGUGGUCAUACUCACGCCCAACCGCGGCUCGUUCUUCAUGUGGAGCUCGGACUCGGAGCGCAGCGGCCACGACAUCCGCGACAUUUAACCCACUACUCCAUAGUACACUUAAUUAUAUUACCGCAA